AAUCAUAUAUCUAUCUAUCUCUCUGAAACUAAAAUUCAGAAGCUUCAAAUCCACGACACUAUGAACUUCAGUGAAGAAGAAAAGGUGAAAUCUUUAGGGUUCUUUGGAACGUACAAGGAAUCGUUCAAACUAAUAGGGGCAUGGAAGAAGGUGUUCUUCCAAAUAACUCUUGCCCUAAUUCUCCCUCUCACUUUGAUCUAUCUCACCUACCAUCAAAUUUCCAACUUCCUCUCCAUUAGAAUCAUGGGAGACACCAUCAACCGCGACGAUAUUUCCACCGGAACACCGGUUUACGACAGAAUAUCCCGCCGCCUCUCCUCCGCAUGGAUGUGGUUCUGGCUCAUCAAAAUCAUCUAUUUCACCUUCCUCCUCGUUUUCUCCCUCCUCUCCACCGCCGCCGUCACCUACACCGUCGCCUCCGUCUACGCUCGCCGCGAUAUUGCUUUUCGAAAGGUCAUGUCCGUCGUUCCCAAGGUGUGGAAGAGGCUGGCAAUCACAUUUCUAUGUACAUUUGUGACAUUCUUCUUGUACACCACGGCAUUCGUCAUCCUUUUGGUGAUUUGGUUCUACAUUUUAUCACGAACAUCAGUAAACAUACCGUUUUUCAUCAUUAUAUGCAUUGUUUUCUUGCUCGGAUUCGUGUACUUGAAUGUGGUAUGGCAAUUGACAAGUGUAGUAUCGGUUUUGGAAAAUUACAAAGGAUUCAAGGCUAUGAAAAAGAGCAAGGAACUGAUUAAAGGAAAGUUUUGGCUAGGAUUCUUUGUUUUGUUGUUCCCUGAGCUUGCUAUGCUAGCAAUAGAGACGGGGUUCAUGUUUGUUUGGUUGAGUGUUGAUGUGCUGGGAGUGGCCGGUCAGAUCUUACUAGGAAUGCUAUGUGUGGUUUUGAUGGUAUUUGUGAUUCUGUAUGCUUUUGUUAUUGAGACUGUGUUUUAUUUUGUAUGCAAAUCUUAUCACAAUGAAGAUGUGGAUAGACCGGCUCUUGCGAAUCAUCUUGGGGAUUAUGAGGAGUUGGCUGGUCCCCAUGGAAUUCAAAUGGGGGACAAUCGUGUUUGAAAUCGGGAUCGAUCUUGAUAACAUAUUCAAUGUUUCGUUAAGAUAUUUGUUGUUCUCUUUUUUACUCAUAAGAUAUAUAUAGACUUGAAAACAAAUGUUGAUUUCAAGCUAUCAAUUAUUGCCUAAAUUAUUAUUACAUAUAUUCAUAAGCUUAUAAUUUAUUUUUGGAGGAGUCUA